AUGCCGACGCAUUGGCUUUGGGUGAGGUUCGUGUCGUCUUUAGUGGCACUAGAAGGCGGGCGACGAGGUAGUGAUGAUACCGUCACACUGGAUAUUCCUCGCCAAACCCAAUGUCCAAGUACUUCAGUCUACACUGACUUUACUUCCUUUGAACAAGGAGACUUGGAAACAGACCUCUUGGUCAUUCGUCGACUAGAUCCGUCGGUCGACUUUCUCCGGAUGCGGCACAUCCCCCUCGAUGUCUUGGGUGAAGAAGACUCGUUGAGAUGGGCUACCCGGACAGUGGAAAUAUUACAGCAUGUGCGUCUGAGGCAUGCUCAAAUCGCUUCAAGAGGGGAGCAAGCUGGAACACAGGUUGUGUGGACCCGUCGAGAGGCGGUGGCCAGUUCUUUGACGAAGCUUCGUUUCCUUGUGAGCAUGCACGUCAAGUUGGAGAGAACAAUAGUGGAGAACCGUGUUGGUCCACCGGCAUUUCCAGUCAUGUUUCUUCCAGCAGUGGCCCGCAUUGUAGCCUCUCUCUUUUCACAAGAAAUGGAUCUGCGAGACGACCACGGGCGAUUGCCACUGCACUAUGCCGCUGCACGCAAGUGGCACGACCUUGAUUGGCCUCCAGAAGGUUCGCCCGAAAGUGAUGCAAGAAGGCCAGCUCGGCUCUUCCGCAUGGAAACCCUUACAAGCUUACGCACUGCCAUGGAACUAUCCAGCGACACUGCUGCGUCUAUUGUAGACACGCAUGGGCGAUUGCCGCUGCAUUACAUGGUGGAAGCAUACGUCAAGGCGGCGAACAGGCGUGCUUGGGAUCAACCUGUACAAGCAAUGUUAGACCUCAUCAAGGUCAUGGUCCAGCUUUUCCCAGACGCUCUCCAUCGGAGCGACAGUGCCACACAGCUCGUCCCGUGGCUGCAAGCUACGGCUACCGCAACUGAGUGUGCACAGACUACGAACUCUUUCAACCCUGAGAUCCACUUGUCGAUUCCUUUCGUCCUCCUCAGAGAGAAUCCUACCUUGCUCUUGUCGGCUGUUGGAAAGCCACAAGUGCAAAAUGGAUGA